UCAAAUUUACCACAGAAUCAAAACCCUAACACAAAAACCUGGUUCGAGUCACACUGAUCUCAGCGAAGCUGCAGCCGGUGUUCGUUCUCGUCGUCGGAAGUUAGGGUGAGCAAUUCCAACAUUUCCUUCUACUUUGCGGAUUCCCGCCACGAUUUCGCCGCGUUUUCCGGCAACAGAGUGAAUUUCUUUAUUACUCUAGAUGGGUGCUCCUAAGCAGAAAUGGACAUCAGAAGAGGAAGCAGCUCUUAAAGCUGGAGUUGCCAAGCAUGGGGUGGGAAAAUGGCGUACAAUAAUCAAGGAUCCUGAAUUCAACCGUGUCUUGUUUAUUCGCUCAAACGUCGAUCUCAAGGAUAAAUGGAGAAAUUUGAGUGUAAUGGGAAAUGGAUCGAGCUCCAGGGAGAAGUCUAAGGGAGCAAUCAAAAGGUUGAAUCAUCCGGUACCAAAACAGGAUGACAACUCUAUGGCUAUCACUGCGGUUACUGGUCCAUCCGAUGAUGAUGAAAUUGUUGAUGCCCAACCUCUUCAAGUCUCAAGAGACAUGCCGCACAUUCCUGGUCCAAAAAGAUUAGAUAACCUUAUAUUGGAAGCUAUAUCUAGCUUGAAUGAGCUCGGUGGUUCUAAUACAACAACUAUUGCUUCUUUCAUAGAGGACCAAUACCGGCCACCUGCAGACUUCAAAAAGUUGUUGUCAGCAAAACUGAAGUAUCUUACAUCUAGCGGAAAAUUGAUUAAGGUGAAGCGCAGGUAUAGGAUUGCACCUACCCCGUCAUAUUCAAACAGAGAAAGACAGCCACCCAUGUUAUUAUUGGAAGGGAGGCAGAAAACCUCUAUGAAAUUGGACAGGGUCGAGAGAAAAUACCCUACAAAGUCUGAGAUAGAUUUAGAAAUAGAAAAGGUAAGGUCCAUGUCUGCUCAAGAGGCUGCCGCAUAUGCUGCUCGAGCAGUCGCUGAUGCAGAAGCCGCCAUAGCGGAAGCUGAAGAGGCAGCUAAGGAGGCAGAGGCUGCAGAAGCGGAUGCAGCUGCAGCAGAAGCUUUUGCAGAAGCUGCAUUGAAAACACUGAAGGGGAGAAACACCUCAGAGACGCUGGAGCUCGUCAACAUUGGAAGUUAGGAAGAGAGUGAAUUUCUGUGUUACUCUAAAUAGGUGCUCCUAAGCAGAAAUGGACAUCAGAAGAGGAAGCGGCACUUAAAGCUGGAGCUCUCAAGCAUUGGGUGGGUAAAGGCGUACAAUACUCAAGGAUCCUGAGUUUAACUAUGUCAUAGAUAUUCGCUCAAAUGUGAUCUCAAGGAUACAUGGAGAAUUUUAAGUGAAAUGGCAAGUGGAUGGACUUCCAUAGAGAAGUCUAAGGUAGCAAUCAAAAAGGUGCAUCUUGAGGCACCAAAACAGGAUGAGAACUCUAUGGCUGUCACUCCUGUUACUCCAAUUGAUGAUUUUCAGCCUCUUCAAGUUUCAAGAGAUAUGCUGCAGUCUUGGUCAAGAAAGGUCUAUUGGAAGGUUGGGCCAAUUUUUUUUUUUGGUUUAAUAUGGUUAUUUAUUUAAUCGCAUCUAAUAGUGUUGUCAACUAGCGGCUAUAGCAUAGUGGAAUUGAACAAAGUACUAUUGUUCUGCAACACACAAUUUAAUUCAAAAUAUCGACAAUAAUAUCUCUCUAUUAGAUUCUAUGGUCGAUAUGUGGGAAAACUCCAUUCAAUUAUCGAUGGAAUCGAGAAGGGAGUUUUGCAAAUUAUCCCCAGAAGUGGAAGAUUAUUUUUAGAUCUUCGAAAAUAUUCGAGGAUUCAAUGUGACUACUGUCACUUUGGCCAAUACAUUUGACGAGACUUUACCACGGGGAGCCGCUUUCUGCAAAAAGAUGAGGGAGAAACUCAGUAAGAAACUAUUAUCAGCACUUCAUCACUGUAGUGUAGCAGGUUUUGAACAAACUAAUAUUUUUUCGUGAUCUGUGAUUGGCAUUACUCGCAUGCAUCUAUCAACGUGGUUUGCAGAACAGAACAUAUAAUUUAGUAUUGCCAUCGGUGACUAUCUUUCAAUUAGGGAUUCUUAUUAAUUCCCAUGGGUUAAGUUCAUUCAUUCAAUUGCUUUGUUGGUAUGCUUGCUUGAUUUCAUUAUCUCGUUUUGCUUGCAAACUAAAAUGGUUUCAUCUGUUCGAAAUUUUGUUUAUAUAUGUUCCCCCUUUUGUUGUAAAUUGUAAGUUUUUUGUUUAUUUCGAUAGUGCAUGCUUAACCGUGUUUACACUAUACAGAUUGGAUAACCAUAUAAUGAAAGCUUUAUGUAGAUUGAAUGAGCUUGGUGGUUCUAGUAAAACAACUAUUGCUUCUUUCAAAGUGAAAGGAAGGUAUAGGAUUGCACCUACCCCAGCAUAUUCAGACAGAGGAAGACACCAACCCAUGUUAUUAUUGGAAGGGGGGCGGAAAGCCUCAUAUGAAAUUUGACAGGGCUGAGAGCAAUAUCCCUACGAAUUCUGAGUUAGAUUAAAAAUUAGCAAUAUCCCUUAUGGAGCAGUUACUGAAGUGGAAGCCGCCACUACGGAAGCUGAAGAGGCAACAAAGGAGGCUGCAGAAGCGGGAUGCAGAUGCAACGGAAGCUUUUGUAAAAGCUGCAAUGAAAAUACCAAAGGGGAGAAACACCCUAAAAACUGUAAUUCUCGGUUUUACCUUCCGUUGUACUAAUACUAUAACUUGAGAGAAAUGAUACCUGUGGAACAAUUUGAUGACAACUUUCUCCCUCAUCCUUAUAUUAUGUUUUUACUUUCUUUA